AUGUUCCGCAAUCGCAACAACACCCAGAAGCCUGAUGAUGAGUUCAUCAGUCGCUUCCAAACCACAUUCGCGGAUAUCGUUCCCCGACGGGCCAGUCAGGCAAAUGCCUCACACAGCACAUUUCCCGCCGGGACGGCAGAUCCCAUGGUCUCGAACAGACCGAUGGAACACCACGAUCUGAAAAUGGAAGAGCACGACAUGAAAUUCCCCAGCGAACGAACUCCCCGAAAUCUUCAAGAUCUCAACUUUACGCCCUCAUGGAUCGAUUCGCAAUCAAUGACGAUGAUGUCUCUUGCCGGGCAGCACCCGGGAUUCUAUACGCCCAACUCGGGGGGAAUGGGUGCCAUUUUCCACAAUCAGGCCGGUGACCUACACACACCCACCGCUGGGUUGAAUAUGAUUACGCCGCUUUCCCUCACCAACCCGAUCCCCAUUAACCAACAUAAUGGCCCGUCUACGAUAAACCACUUCAAUCAGCAAUACCUCGCCCAACACAUGCCCGAUAUGAAUCCCUACAUUCAACAACAAGCUUUUGCGCCAAGUGCAUUCUUGCACCGCGACUCAUUUGAAGCUAUGGAUGAGUCGGUGGACAGCACGUCUAUCCACAGCCUUUCAAUUGAUCAAGCAUCGAACAUUUCCGCCCCCACGGAAUACUCGGGUGCUCUCAAUCCGAGCUACGUCGAAGGUGAAAAUUUCCGCUAUAAUGUCUCUCUACGAGCCCCGACGGCAAUGGUAAAGCACCCCCGAGAAGUUCCGAUCUCUUACCUCAACAAGGGUCAAGCAUACAACCUCACAGUCGUGGACUCUAACCCGCCGAUGGUCGGCUCUGAGCCGCUUCAAUACCGAACAUAUGUACGAGUUUCCUUUGAAGAAGAAGAACAGCGUUCGAAGCCGGCUGCUUGCUGGCAACUAUGGAAGGAGGGCCGUGGCAUGAGCGAGUCACACCAGCGUGGAGGUAAGCUUCUGGCAGUGGAAUACGUGGACCCACACCAAGGUGGUGAGGACCACAAGCACCGUCAGAUUCAGGUUGAGCAUGCGUCUUUCGAUGGAUUCUGCGUGACUUGGACCGCCAAUCCCUCUACCGUCACACCUGAUUGUUCGAUUCCUGUGCGAUUCAAUUUCUUGUCUACCGAUUUCAGUCAUUCCAAGGGCGUGAAGGGUAUUCCAGUGCGAUUGUGUGCCAAGACGGAGCUCCUGACACCAGGCGAUGAGUCGGCCAGCCCCCGCGAAGCGGAAGUGUGUUACUGCAAAGUGAAGCUUUUCCGUGACCACGGUGCCGAGCGCAAGCUUUCCAACGAUAUCGCGCAUGUCAAGAAAACGAUUGAGAAGCUGAAGCAGCAGAUCGCUCAGGCAGAGAUGGGCGGUGGUUUUGGCAAGCGCAAGCGCGGAAGCAACGCCACGGCGAACAUGAAGCCGUCAGACCGGUCUAAAAACCCGAAACACAAGCGUACAUGGUCCAUGGGCUCCCAGGAUGGCCAACAAGAAAAGUUGUCUUUGGAAGAUGACUUGCAAGCCAAGCUGGUCAUGAUGCAGGACAUGUUCUCUUCUACCCGCACUAUGAGUAUUCUUGCAUUGCGUGGUGACGAUGAAGAUGACCCUGACUUGUUCCCUGUUCGACUACCUGCUGAAGGCGAAUCCAUCAAGGUGGAGCCUCUUAGUCGGCAGAACACGGGUGCUUCACACUCUAUGGAGUCUUCAAUUCUUUCUCCAAUAAGCAGCAAUGUUUCUUUGAACUCACCCCAAGUACACGAGAGCAAAUUGGCUGGUAUGAAGGAUGUGAAGAACCCAACGACUGUUCCGCGGGUUACAACCGGUGAUUCCAUCUCGAAUGGAUUCAUCGAGGCCGUUGAUAUUGACCCGACAUACCGGCCACCCGCGGAGCGUCCACCAAAGCCUAUUGCAUGCUUCUACGUCCGCUUCGCAGGUACCGACCAGGAGCCCGAUUACUACCGUGCCAUCUAUCUCACCGAGCGCACGGUACGGGACCUGAUGAGAAAGAUCUCCGAGAAAAAUCACCUCGACCCCUCUCGCAUCGUGCGUAUCUUGCAUGUCAACCAGAACGGCCUUCGAAUUAUGGUUGAUGACGAUGUUGUCCGCGAGCUCCCGGAGGGACAGGAUAUGAUUGUCGAUAUCUACGAAUCUCCGGCUCCUUCGGCUGCGAGCGAUGAUUUGUCGCCUGGUACCCCGGUGGAAAUCAAGUUGACAUACUGA